ACAUACUACUACACACACCUAUGAUGGAGUAGGUAUGCCGAUUAUACUACUAACGAGUAGACUGUGCUUCGUUACUCUACUUACUCCUCUCACUCCUAUUGCUGCUGCUGGUAUCCUCUUUCUAUUCUCAUCCCGAACAAACCCCUCACUGUGGCUGAGCGAUCGGCUUCAAAGCUGCCUUGGAAACAAAAGCAAGUUAUAAUGAUAUCAAGAUAAUGGAAGCACAUUCAAGGAUUGAAGCUGAUCAUAAUGUUCGUCUCUGGGAAAUUAUCCUCUUGGAAUGUGCAUACUCAACUAUGAAUAACUCUCAUCAUCAUCAUCACUUAGAUAAAAAGCUGGCUAUGUACUACCGAUGCAACUUAACGGCAUUAUCAUUUUUUAGUGCGUCGCAUAGUAGGAAAGAUCACAGAGGAGUGCACAUUAGCUUCAUCAUCCUCCCCCCCCUCCAUUGAUGAUCCACUCCGGAGGAAAUAGUUUAUCUAUCUAUCAUGGCUGUCAAAAUAUUGAGUCACUGCACGGAGCUGGAUGGCCCCCGCUUCUAUUUCCGUCCCCUCCCCGUCCAUCCUCACAGUAGUAGCUCUGACU